AUGUACGGGUUUGUUAACUAUGCGUUGGAGUUAUUGGUGAUGAAAGCUUAUGGAGUGGAAAUAUGGGAGAAAAUCAAGAAAAAGGCUGAGGUGGCAAUGGAAGGCUCAUUCCUUGUUCGGCAGAUUUAUGAUGAUGAAAUCACAUACAACCUCAUAACAGCUGCCGUUGAAGUAUUGCAGACACCAGCGAAUGAAAUACUAGAGCUAUUCGGUAUGACAUUCUUCGAGUUCUGUCAAGAUUCUGGCUAUGACAAGAUUCUUCAAGUCCUUGGAGCUACACCUCGCGAUUUCUUACAGAAUCUAGACGGUCUGCAUGACCACUUGGGUACACUAUACCCGGGUAUGCGCGCGCCGUCCUUCCGUUGUACGGAGCGGCCGGAAGAUGGCGCUUUGGUCCUUCAUUACUAUUCCGACAGGCCAGGACUCGAGCACAUCGUGAUUGGUAUUGUUAAGACAGUAACAAGCAAGCUGCAUAACACAGAAGUGCAGGUAGAAAUACUGAAGACGAAAGAGGAGUGCGACCAUGUCCAGUACCUCAUCACUGAGACUUCUACUGGACGAGGAACUGCGCCCGAGAUGACAGAGAUCCGGACUUUGUCUAAAGAGCCAAAAGUCAGUCCAGCGACUUUUUGCCGCGUGUUUCCAUUCCACCUGAUGUUUGAUCGGGAGCUGAACAUAGUACAAGCCGGUCGCUCCGUCACUCGACUUUUGCCGAGACUUAAUAAGCCCGGUUGCAAGAUCACCGAUGUUUUGGAGACGGUACGACCUCACCUUGAGAUGACAUUCGCUAAUGUGUUGGCUCACAUCAACACGGUGUAUGUUCUGAAGACGAAGCCGGAGGAAAUGAGCGUCAGUGAUCAUCAUGAGGACAUCGCUUCUUUGCGAUUGAAGGGCCAAAUGUUAUACAUCCCUGAAACUAACGUGGUUGUCUUCCAAUGCUACCCCAGUGUCACCAAUCUUGAUGAUCUGACACGUCGCGGCCUCUGCAUCUCCGACAUACCUCUGCACGACGCCACAAGAGACUUGGUGCUGAUGUCCGAGCAGUUCGAGGCUGACUACAAGCUCACUCAGAAUUUGGAGGUUCUCACGGACAAACUUCAGCACACUUAUAGGGAACUGGAGGCUGAGAAGCAGAAGACUGAUAGACUUCUAUACUCGGUAUUACCCAUGAGCGUGGCGACGGAACUACGUCACCGGCGUCCAGUGCCAGCGCGGAGAUACGACCCCGUGACUCUUCUGUUCAGCGGUAUCGUCGGAUUCGCCAACUACUGCGCCAGGAACAUCGACCACAAGGGCGCCAUGAAGAUUGUCAAAAUGCUCAACGAUCUCUACACGGCCUUCGACGUGCUCACCGAUCCCAAGAGGAAUCCCGACGUUUAUAAGGUGGAAACAGUAGGUGACAAGUACAUGGCGGUAUCUGGUCUGCCAGAAUACAAAGAAGGCCACGCCAAGCACAUCUGCCUCCUCGCUCUGGAGAUGAUGGAUUUGUCCAAAACAGUCACUGUUGAUGGAGAACCUGUGGGAAUAACAAUCGGGAUCCACUCCGGCGAAGUGGUGACGGGAGUGAUCGGCCAUCGUAUGCCGCGGUACUGUCUCUUCGGGAACACUGUCAACCUGACGAGCAGAUGCGAGACCACUGGCGUUCCGGGGACUAUUAAUGUCAGCGAGGAUACGCACAGGUAUUAG